GCCGCGUUUCUUACACUUACCAUCUCUCUUAAACUAUAUAUUCGAGUUUCAUAACUUCAUUCUUUCAUCAAUCAUCACUGACCCAAAACCAAAUACAUCUCUCUUAAUCUCUCUGAAAUUUCUCUCUCUUUCUUUAGAAACCAUUCAAAUGGGUUGUUUUUCUGCUUGUUUCUCUUUGAAAUCAACAAACACAGCAAAGCUUCUAGACAUUGAUGGAGGUCUGAUCGGAAAAGUCAGGCUUCCGGUGAAAGCGGCGGAGCUGAUGCUGGAGAGGCCUGGCCAGGUUAUCUCUCCGGUGGAUGUGCUCCGGCGAACUCGUCGGAUUUCGGCUUUGAAAGCCGAUGACGAGCUUGUGGGUGGGAAGAUAUAUGUGGUGGUGGCUGUGGGAAGAAUUGGGUCUAAAGUUUCGAUGACGGAAUUGGAGAAUUUUGAGUUGGGUUGCAAGAAUAGGGUGAAGAAGAACGGAUCGAAGGUGCAGCCGGCGGCGGCAACGGCGGCAACGGCGGCGGAGGAAGGUUCUGAUCAGUUGAGUUGUGUUCGUGGAAAUUAUAAGCGGUGGAAUCCCAAUUUAGAAUCGAUUUCUGAGGAUUUUUCACUCUCUUUUAGAGAGAAACAUUAGAAGGAUUAGGGGUUUUGGUUGAUUUAAUAGAACAGAGUGUAGACUAAUUGUAUCAUAAAAUUUAUGGUAAAAUUAUACUUUUGAUUCUCGAAAAGUUAUCGAUUAUGUUCUUGAACAAAUUAAAGAUUUCAAGUGAAAUACUUCUACAAACAAGGAAAUCAAGCUAAAUAGCUAUUCUAAAGAAUUCUUAGUAGUGUGAAAAGAACUACCAAGUAGAAAAUUACCAACCUAACGUGGAGCAGUCAAAUCAAGGAGUUUAAUGCUUCGACUUAAGAUAUAUAAUAAAUAAUAAUGGUUUUUUGUCA